AUGUCGCUUCGUCGGUCGGCAACUCGCAGAGCCCAGGCUAGCAGUGACGCUGCUGGCCCAAGGCAAAAGAGGGGGCUGGCGGAUGUUCAGCAGGGAAUCAAGCAACUCCACCCCGAACCAGGCUCCGACAAGGAGACAGAUAUUGACAUCGUCUUUGUCCCUGGUCUUGGCGCCCAUCCAAUAGACAGCUGGAAGUCUGGAACGACGAAAUUUAACUGGGCCGUUGACAAAGAGGGAAUUAUCAAGGACUUUCCCAAUGCACGCGUUUUGCUCUACAUGUACGAGUCCGCUUGGAUGGGUGGAUUCAAAGUGAAGCAGUUUCUUGGCAAUCUUGCGUCUACUCUGCUAGAUGGGUUGGACGGGAUAAGAAAUGAUUCCAAAAAGUCAAACCCGAUUGUGUUUAUCGGACAUAGCAUGGGAGGUCUGGUUAUUGCCAAGGCCAUCUGUAUCGCAGAGUCCCGUAAAAACAUCUACCCCCACUUGUUCGAGGAUAUCACCGGCUGUGCCGUCUUCGGUACCCCGUUCAAAGGUGCCCAAGCUGCUUCUAUGGCCGUCAUGCUCUCGUACAUCGGCGAGAAGAUGGACAAAGCCGAGCCAUCGAAGCUCCUCGAGCUGAUGAGACCUGAUGAUGAGGGGCUGAAUGAGCUGAGGCGCGACUUUGUGAGAGCCGUGGGAGAGUUGCACCCCAAGAUUGCCCUGUUUGGCUUCUGGGAAGAGCACAAGACCCAGUUCUCCGAUCUCGGUCCUGUGCCGGAGUUUAUCAAGCGUCUCGGGAUUCCUCUACCCAAGAAUCUUGCAGAGUUUGUCACCAGAGACUCGGCAAUCCUGGAUUGUAUGGACUCCAUGGGUUUGGCAGCCAACCAUCGAGACUUGGUCAAGUUUGAGAGCUCCAAGGACCUUCGCUAUGCCUUGAUCCGAAGUCCCCUCAAGAGGUUGAUCAAUGGUGCCGCUUUGGUGGUCAAGAACCGUCGCAAGUCUACAAGGCCCAUCGACUGGGACCUCUUCAACAAGGCCAUGGAUGCUCUUGAUGGAGCCCGAGUAUGGAAAAAGCGGGACGAGAUUGACAAGAAAACUGCGCCCUCGUCAUGGAUACCCGAUGAGCCGGAAUACGUCGGCUGGCUUUCCAAGGAUGGUGGCACUCUGAUCCCUCAGCCUCAUGGGUCCGAACCUCUUAAACAAGGAGAAUGCCUCUGGAUCCGUGGUCCAGAUGGAAGAGGCAAGACCAGUGCCACGUUGGCAGCACUCAAGGGUAUCGACCACAUGAUCCAGGCAGGGGCAGACAAGCCCUCAGUCCCCAUUCUCCUCGCAUACUUCUUGUGCGACAGUACCCCCGAUUACGGCACAGCUGAGGAGCUCGUCAAGUCACUUUUGUGGCAGCUCAUUAGAAGGGAUGAGUACCUCGCUUCACACGCCGAGUUUCUGGUAGGCAAGACCGACAAAGUCAAGCCCAAGGUCCAGCCGCUGUUGACAGUCGAAAAUCUUUGGCAAGUGCUUCAAGACAUUCUGGCCGAUAAGACCUUGUCUGGCACAAGCAUCUAUCUUGUCAUCAACAACCUUGAAGCGCUCCCGGACUCAGGCUCUACAAGCACGCUCCUGAGCUUACUCAACGCCGAGGUCGAGAACAUGGUUGGACGACAUGCGAAAGUUAGGUGGCUGAUCACCAGUGGAGAGUCAUAUCGCAUUGCACAGGCCCUCAAAGGCAGGUCCCUGAGGCUGAUCGAUCUGGAGGAUAAAAAGUACAGCGACCAGGUUCAGUUGGAGUUGAGAAAUCAUGCCGCUGAGAAGGUGUCUGCCUUGGUCAAGGAAAAGGACUACAGCAAGGCUCUUGCCUACUUUGUCAGCAGCUUGAUCGGCAAACGGGCCCAGAACACGCAAUGGAUCGAUAUUACAUGUGUCCACCUUCAAGAGCUUCCUCACAAGACCGAUCUCCAAGUCCGUCUCCAGUUGGAAGUUGUGCCUCAGGAACUCGACGCGCUUCUCAAUUUUGCGUGGCAGCAGGUUUUUGAUGUCAACCGCGCCAGGGUUGCCGAGAUCAAGGAGAUGCUGAGAGUCUUGGUCCUCACUCAAGAGGACCCGACAGAGCAAGAGCUUGCUCUUCUUGCGGGCUUGGACUCUCCCGCGGAACAGGCAGAACUUCACGACUUGGUAUCCAAGUGCAAGCCGUUGCUAAGCAUCAAGCCGACUACCAGAUCCGAGACUACGGUUUGCUUCAUCGACGCAGUUGUCAAAAAGCACCUCUUGGAGAAUUCUCGCAGGAUGCUUGGAUUAUCAGAAGAGGACAUCAAGCUACAGCACGGCAUGCUUGGCCUUCGAGCAUUUGGUCAUGUCAUGAAGGCUCUCAAAGAUCUCGACAGUACUGAGCUAGAUGAGGGUGAUGACGCGGGCCAAAAUGACCAAUUCUCCGAUGACGAGCCCGAUGGUGGAGAUGACGAAGAUGACGAUGACGAUGACGAUGGCGAAGAAGAAGAAGAAGAAGAUGAAGAUGAAGAUGAAGAUGAAGAAGCACCUGAGAUCAAAGACAAGGCUCAUGGUUACGCCGUGAAAUAUUGGCUUCAUCACGCUAGCCAAGCCACUACCGACAUUGCCGAUGACUUGAGUCGAGAGGCAGAAUUCUGGAAGAAGGACUCAGUCAUUCGUCGCCGUUGGCUUACAGAGCAUCACCGACUUACCGACUCUUUCAAGAACUGGGAACGUGCUGAGUUAACUGGUCUUCAUGUGGCUUCCGCAAUUGGGUUCAGAGGGUUAGUUGCAGCUCUGUUGAAGAAUGGAUAUGACGACGAGAAGAACAUGAGAGACUCAUUGUGUUACACCCCUCUUCACUUUGCCGCCGCAUUCGGACAGACAGAUAUCAUUGAGGAGCUCCUAAACAAGGGCGCGUCAAUCGAUGACGGCAAAGAAGACGACCUCCAGACUCCCCUACAUCAAGCUGCAGCCAAGGGCAAUGUCAAGGCCAUGGUCAUGCUAUUGGAAAGGGGAGCAGACCCGAAUGCCAGCUGCGAUACUUUUGGCAGAGUCAUUAACGCUGCUGUUGACUCUGGAAACUGUGACGCCGUCAGGGUCUUGGUUGAGAAGGAUGUUUCUCUUGAGGGAGAAGACAGCGAGGAAGAGGAAGAAGAGGAUGGUGAUGAUGAGGAGGAGAACAAGCAGCCAGGAGAUGAAGCCGAGGACGACAACGAGGACGAGGAUGACGACAAUGAAGACGAUGACAAUGAUGAUGAAGACGACGAAGAAGAGUUUAUUCGCUCUCCACUGGCCCUGGCAGCUCUCCGGUCAGACCUGACAAUGUUCGAGUUCCUCAUCAAAAACUACUCGGAGAAACUUCCACCAAAAGAAUUCAACAAGGCUCUCGUCAAGGCUGCAGAGAGUGGUCGUCUCGAAGCCUUCAACCAUCUCUUCGACUCGUACGAGCACCCCCAAGAGACGUUCCAGAGGGCACUUGAAGGGGCGGCAUACGAGGAAAAGUGGGACAUUCUGGCAAUCUUGCUCGAGAAGCGCCCUGGUCUGAACUGUGAUCAGCCCUUCUUGAACGCGGCCGAGGGCGAUGAUGGGGAUCAAGCGAUUCGGUCGAUAGAGGCUAUGUGGGAGUAUACCAACGGAUCCAUCUCUGCCGAGCAGUUGGAUAAGUCUUUGUAUCAAGCCACAGAUUUUCAAAACGAAAAGACGGUUCAGCUGCUUCUUAGAUUUGGAGCAAGCCCUGAUGCUACCGGCGAAGUGUACGGAAAUGCCUUGACAGCAGCAGCAUACGACGGCACCAAAGAUAUCGUCAACAUGCUCCUCGACGCAAAGGCUGACAUCAACUCUCCCAACGGAUGGGCUCUGCAGACUGCUGCUGCUGAGGGUCACAUGGAGAUUGUUGAGCUGCUUCUCAAGCGUGGAGCUGACGUCAACGCAUUGACUACCAACGAUAACAUGAGCUCAGGAACUGCUCUGCAAGCAGCCGUGGAAGCUGGAAAUGGGGACAUUGUUGCUCUUCUUCUCGAGCAUGGCGCUGAUCCAAACCUCGGAGGAGGCUCGCUGACAUGCCCCAUCAUCGCAGCGGCAAACAACGGAGAGAAAGAGAUCCUGGAGCGUCUCAUCAACGCCAAGGCUGACGUGAACCGCUUGGGAGGAGAGUAUAAUUCGACUCCCCUGACCUACGCAGCCAUGUAUCUCCCCCAAGAAUCUCUACGGUCUAUUCUUGAUGCCGGCGCCGACAUCAACUUUGCCGAUGACGACGGCGACACCCCGCUCAUUCUGGCCGCAAGGUCGCCGGACGCCAAGUCUGUGCAGUUCUUGCUUGACCGUGGCGCUGACGUGUUGCUGAGGAAUAACAGCAACGACAACGCGUUGGAUGUGGCUGUGGGGACUGAGGACCUUGAUUGCAUUAAAGCCGUUGCCCAACACGUUUCUGCGAUUAUGGAGGCUUUGAGUGUUGCCAUGGAGGGCGGUGAUCCUGCGGUUACGGCUGUUGUUCGAAGUGUUGAGAACCGUAAGCAAGAACUUAACUAUGACGAGCCAAUUCCUGAGGAGGAUGAGAAUGAGGAGGAAGAUGAGGAUGAAGACGAAGAGGAGAAGGAAGAGGAGGAGACUCAGCGCCCUACUGAGCCAGUCGCUGAACUUGAAGGAGCUGCUGCGGCUACCGGGGGAGAGAAUGAGCAAUUCUCGAGCCGACCUGCAUCCGAAGUGAAAUCUUUUGACUCUACCAGCACCCUUGUGCCGGAUGAAGCAGGAGGCUCAGGAAGCCAGACACCAGACAGCGCUGCAGCUUUGAGAAACAGCUAUCAAGCUCCUCAGCCAGGCUUCGCUCCCAUCAGGAGAAAGCCCAUCACCGGCGCGAGGCCCUCCCCGUACAGACCAUACCAACCGCCUGGUGAUGUAACCCAGCAGCCUGGAUCUGAACAGAAUCAGUAUUUCGCCUACAGGCCAGGGGCGCAGCCAGAGCCCGCCCCACCCCAGGCUCCUGAGCAAGCGCCUCAGUGGCCACCCAACCCAGCCGGAGUGGCAGAACAGAUAUCUGGAUCUGACAGGAAAGAGCAUCGAUCGUCGUUCUUUGGGAUGAAGGCUCCCUGGUCAGGAGAGCGUUACUCCUAG